CUUCUUGAAGCAGUUGUUUCAACAUGAGUCGUGAUUCUUCAAAAAUAGAGUCAUUUGAAAACGCGGAAAUCACAAGAAGUGAAAAUAGAGAAUUUCAAGCAACUGAAGACGAUAAAAAUGCCAGGCAAGCGGUCACAGGGCAUACCGAAGCAGAGAUGGAUGCAGAACUUCAAAAGCUUGAGCAACAGUAUUCGGCUGAUAAUAGAGUGAGAAUACUUUCUUCUACUAUAUUCGGUAACCCCAAGACAUUUAUCUGGAUCCUUGCUUCUUUUGCCAGCAUGGGUGGUAUUUUAUAUGGCAUUGACCAGUCACUAAUAAGCGGCGCUGGUAUAUAUAUGCCUCAUGACUUGCACAUCGAUACAAAUCAGGAGUCUAUGGUGACUGGAUUUAUGCCACUUGGCGGAGUGUUUGGAGCUCUUCUGGUCUAUCCUGUGAAUGAGCUGAUUGGCCGAAAAUGGACCAUCAUUGCUGCUUGUCUCUUAUAUACAGCAGGAGGAAUUUUAGAGGCUGACGCACAGUCAUUUGGCAUGAUGUUGCCUGGACGUAUGAUUCUAGGAGCAGGUGUUGGUCUGGAGGCAGGAACCGUACCGCCAUAUAUUGCAGAGUGUAGUACAAAGAGGUGGAGAGGUGGCUUGGUCUCUCUUUAUCAAGUAAUGAUCAUGUUGGGGCUUUUGUUUGGAUACAUUGAUGCAGCCAUCUUUGUGGAUGUUUCCGGCAAUUGGCGUUGGAUGCUAGGAUCUUCAUUACUUUUUUCAACUAUUUUUUUGAUUGCUAUGUUAUUCCUUCCAGAAAGUCCAAGGCUGCUGAUGAGAAAAGGUAGAAAGGUGGACUCCUAUGCAGUUUGGAAACGUGUUCGAGGUUUUCAAAUAUUUGAAGAAAAGGAAGAGUUUUUCUAUAUGGAAGUUUGCGUGUUGGAAGAACGAGAAGCGGAAAAGGAUCGUUUCAUAUGGUUUGAUUUUAUUCGAAUUCCGCGCUGUCGCAGAGCAGCUGUAUAUGGAAUAGUUAUUAUGAUUAUUCAACAAUUCUCUGGCAUCAAUUCUAUCAGUUAUUAUAUGGGAACUUUAAUGGAAGAAACAGGAUUGAGUGCACAAAAUGCAGUAUAUACUAGCAUGAUUGGUGGUGGCACUGGUUUCUUAUCCACCAUUCCUGCCAUUUAUCUAAUGGAUCGUUUAGGUCGAAGGCCUCUUUUGUUAUCUCUGAUUGCUGGAGUUAUCAUUGGACUUUUUAUUGUUGGCUUCUCAUUCCUUGCAACUGAUAUUCAUACAAGACAAGGAAUUUAUAUUUGGGGUGUUGUCAUAUACUAUCUCUUUUGGGGCUCUUGUCUGGGUCCUACCCCUUGGGUAGUUGCAUCAGAGAUUUAUCCAACUUACUUGAGAAGUCAUGGAAUGUUGUUAUCAGAUGUCACCAAUUUUACUGGAAACUUUAUAACUACUUAUGCCUUUUCACAUAUGACUGCAGCAAUGACUAACACAGGGACUUUUGUUGGUUUCUAUGGAGGCAUAACCAUCUUGGGUUGGAUCUAUCUGUUGUUCUUCAUGCCAGAAACCAAAGACAAAACCUUGGAAGAAUUGAAUGCAGUGUUUGAACGUGAAACUAUGGAUAUAUUCCAUGAGAAUGUUCAAAAAGUCAAAGAAACUUGGAGCGAUUUAAUGCAUUGUAGAGAGAAUCUUCUUGACGUGAAUUUUAUAUUUGCAUGCUUUGUUGUGGUUCUAUCAUGUUUUAGUAAAUUGUGAGAUGGACUUCAGAUCUCGUUCAUUGCACAUGAGGCACACUUAUUGCAUCACUACUUUUGUGCCUAAGAGACUUCACAUUCCUAACAUUUCGCUCACUAUGAUAUACACGAACUAGAGACUUGAAAAUAUUUUAUCAAUGGUGGAGUUUUAUUAAUUGUUGACUGUAGAAGAAGUUGUUGCAAUUCAACUUGGACUGCAUUUUGGAAUUGUUAUGCUCUGUUCCAUUUGAAAAAACGGAGCUAAAGUAUCCUCAUUGAAAAUUGUUUACUCUUUGAAAGAGAGAAAGUUUGAACAAGUUUUCUAAAGAAUCCCCUGUUGUUGUUGUUCGUGUAAAAGCUUUCUUCGACAUUAUCAUAACAAAAGAGAUUUUCUUUUCGAGAUGCCAAUUUUCAAUGUAUUUCAACGCAUAUAAAAAAUAUUCAUGAAACUAACCUUAUAAACACUAUGUGACGACUGAGGCUAGUACAGGACUAAAAGAUCAAGUUGAUACCACGUAGUUGGAACAAAGCCGUACGUUUAAGAGAAGACAGCUCAGCAAGAAGACCUACGACUAAGGAAUGUGUGCAUAACCUCGUGUCUAAAAAAACAAGUUGACAAGAGUUUUGAUGAACACUUCAAGGUCCUGGUUUGGCCCUAUGAUUGUAAAGACUCUUUUCAUAACCUGUCUGGGCAACAUGAUCCGGA